GGGUGCAGCGUCCGCAGCGGCCUGGGCUCGCCCGAGAGGAGGGAAAGCUUCUGCCGUGCCGCCUGCCUGCCGUCCCCAUGGCGUCUAUGGCGAGGAGCCGCGAGAAAUGGAUAAUCCAAUUAACUGGAUUCAGAAAACAAGAGAAGAAGGCACUAAUCGAAUGUCUGUUUAAACUGGACUGUGUUUUUUUAGAUGAUAAGAAAUACAGAAAUUGUACACAUCUUAUAGCAAAAAGGCUAUGCAAGAGUGAAAAGUUCUUAGCUGCCUGUGCUGCAGGAAAGUGGAUACUAACCAAGGAGUACGUAAUUAAUAGUGCUGAAAGUGGCAGAUGGCUUGAUGAAACAAUGUACGAAUGGGGAUAUGAAAUUGAAAAAGACACCCAUUAUUCACCUCAAAUGCAAUCUGCACCUAAAAGAUGGCGCGAAGAACUGACGCGCUCUGGUGCUCCAGGGGCCUUCCACAGAUGGAAAGUUGUCCUCCCUGUUAUGGAAGGUGAUAAACGAGUGGCGUCUGUUAGAAGAGUUCUUCAGGCUGGAAAGGCAACCAUAUGUUCAUCUCAAAGUGCUGGGUGUGAUAUAACUCAUGUAUUCAACAAUAAUAACAUUUUUCCUGCGCAAACCAAAAAAUAUCCCUCUGAAACUCAAUGCUACCCAUUGCAAUAUAUAGGAGAUUACCUUUUUGAGGAUGAAAUAAGAAAUACCAAGGAUAGACAAAUGAACUGUUUUCUGGCUGCACAUGAAACAGACCAAAUUGUGUCUAAUGCGCAGCUUGCUGAAAUGAAAAAUGCUGUUAUAAAACAUAUGUAUUUUGCUGUGGCUGUUAAGCACAGGUUUGCUCAAAAAGACCAGCUGAGUAAGUGCGAUCCAGAGGUUAAAAGUAAUGACCUGUCCAGAGGCACAUGGUAUGUGCUUGAAGGAUUAGUGGAAGAGUAUUUAUUUCCUGAUGUAAUCACAGAACUUGCUGCUGGUCAAAAAUACUCUACACCUCCCGUGCAACUUCUUAAUUCUCUUCUAGAAUAUGCCCUAUUGGGAAAUACCAAUGCAGUAUUUUAUGCAAAAGUUUGUCACAUUUUGUACUUUGUUCUCCAACGUGAUCCUCCUUGGAAAUCCCCAGCUAUGUUAAAGUAUUAUUUGGAUCUUCUUCAGUGUCCUGUCUGUAAGAAAGGUACAUGGUCUUUAAUAGAAGUUCUUGUAAGGUCUUGCCUUUAUUGCCAAGCCAUUUGUCAUGCAGUCCCAAUUUCAGAGAGAGGAGAUGAACAGAGGAUAUUUCACAAAACAUUAUUGAAGUUUUUCUUUGAUGUAGUAAAAGCUGAAGUAGAGUUUCUGACUAAAAGUUUGUUUGAACAGAGCAAUUCACAGCAUCAGGAAGUCAUGCCACAGACAGUUCUUCUGAAGACCUUUUGGCUAGGAAACGAAACCUCAGUGCUUUUUACUAAACACAUAAAUAUUCUAGCAGAUUGGGUCAUACUUUCCCAUAGAGAAUUGAACAGGAAAAAUGAUACUUUGAGCUCUGAAGUAGCUGGUCUCCUAAAUGCAGUUCUUGGAACUGUAGUGGAAUAUUGGGUCAUCUCAAGUUUGCUUAUGGACAGAAAUAUGUUUUGUCAAAUAGCUGAUGAUUUGGCGCAAUACAUUGCCAUUUCAUGUGAUGAUUUUUCAAUACGGGAAUUAAAAAUGUUCAUUUGUUCCAUACCAUCCCUCUGGCUUCAAAUGUUUGUUGCAGAAGCAGUUUUUAAAAAGAUGUGUUUAGAGAGGAAUAUAACUCUUUCUACAGAACCUCUUUCUCUUCAGAAAAUAGUCUCUUCCUAUUUUCCUGCUUUGCGAGAGGUAGGGAUGCAUCAGAGAAUGAAGAUACACAAAGCAAAGAGAAAGAAAAUAGGACCACGGCCAUACUGUGAGCCUCAAAGGGCAUUACAGAUGCUAAAUGGCAAUAAACAGGACCAAGUCAAAGUGCUGCCUGAUCUACCAGGCUUACUCUUAAAUAAGGACCCUCCAUUGUCAAAGAAGCGUAGAGCAAAAGCAGGAGUUGAGGCUUCACACACGAAAGAGAAUGACCUCCUUUUGGCUGGAGAGGUACAUGUUUACAUGAGAAACACUAAAGGAGAGACAGCCCUGCAUAAAGCUUGCAUAAGUAACAAAGUGGAGAGAUUGAUUCAGCUUCUCUCUUUCCCUGGAACAGACAUUAAUGCUAAAGACUAUGCUGGCUGGACGCCUUUGCAUGAAGCCUGUAACCAUGGCAGCACAGUGUGUGUCCGUGAAAUUUUGCAACGUUGUCCAGAGGUAGACCUGCUCAGUCAAGUGGACGGGGUGACUCCUUUGCAUGAUGCCCUGUCAAAUGGACAUGUAGAAAUUGGCAAGCUGCUGCUUCAGCAUGGGGGACCAAUACUUCUAGAGCAGAGGGACUCCAGUGAAAAAUUGCCCCUGGAUUUUGUUGAGUCCAUAUCCAUAAAGCAAGAACUUUUGAGUGUUGUUCAUCCAGAAGAAAGCAUUAAAAGCUUUUCUGAACGCACAGAACAAGAUUUUUGCAGUCAGCAGAGAGAACUGUGGUUGGUUCUGUUUAGUAAGAUGCUACUGAACUUUUGUUCAGUUUAUAACCUCUCUUCACCCUUUUCUUUAACUCUCAGAAAUGUAGCUUGUUCAAAUGUACUUCCGGUAAUGGCCUUUGAUAAAUGUAAGAUGAAAAAUGUAUUUUCUGCAGAUUGGUUAGUAGAUACAUAUUUUAGAGAGCUAGAAACUUUUGAAAAGCUACCACAGUUUCUUCAAGAAAUAUCUGCAAACAGGCUCUUUUUCCCUGGAGAAGAGAUGAAGACUUUAUUAGCAACCCUGGAAACUAUUGUAGAGUCAUAUCAGCUCUUUACUUAAAUCUUUUUAAGCUGCUUUCCAAACAAUCAUCAGUGGUUGAAUCUUGAUUAUCAGGCCUUGGUAUUGGGCUAAGUUUUUUUUCUGGCAACUGAAGAAGUAGAGAUUUCACAGCCCUAAAUGAGUGCUACAUGUUUGUAUCUCCCGUGUUGGUAAUACUUUCCUCCACCAGAACCUGUAAGGCAGAUACAUUGAUUCAGUUCAUUUUGUAGGCAAAAUUUUGCGAGUGCCUUCUAGUUACCCAACAGAUCUGUCUGGGUGUGACCACCAGGGUUCUGUCUCCUUUGCACUCAGUUGGACUUUGCAUUUCCUAUGCUGGAAAUCUUUGUUACCCAUUUUGUACCAUAGUUCUUUUUUGUUUCCAGAGGUAGUAGCCCUAAAAGCUAAACUGAGCUGAAAGACGACAACAAA